AUGGCUACCCUAGAAAUCAAUCGAGUGAGGAGAUCACUUUACAGUAUUCCAUCAACGAGUCAACCUCUUAUGCUACCGGAAGCCAAAGGUUCCCUAACGCAACUUUCAGAAAAACUCUUCGUCCCCAUCAAAGCAUACCCAGAUUUUAACUUUGUUGGUAGGAUAUUGGGGCCCCGAGGAAUGACUGCCAAACAACUGGAAAGAGACACAGGCUGUAAAAUCAUGAUCAGAGGCAAAGGAUCAAUGAGGGACAAAGUCAAGGAGGACAUGAAUAGGGGAAAGCAAAAUUGGGAACAUUUAAAUGAAGAACUUCACGUACUCAUCACAGUGGACGACACACAAGAAAGAGCGGAACUCAAGUUAAAGAAGGCCGUCGAAGAAAUGAAGAAGUUGUUAGUACCAGUGGUAAGUCAUGCUUUCUGUUAAUUUAUCCUAAGGCAUCCCAGAAAAACAUUUGCGUACAAAUUCCUUUGGAUCUUGAACUUUCUUUGUCAUAUUCUUGACUAGUAAAGCCCUUGAUUAUAGUAUCUUUGAGGAUAGAAGUCGUCUCUUCCGUUGGAUUUCUGAACAUUGCUACGAUAUUGGGACAGAUGGAAGCCCCUUUGAGAAUGAUAUUUCUGUUCUUGAUAUUAAUACCAUCUCAUAAAGCUCCUUGCUUUACCCUAUUCUUCUUGUCAAAUGUUCUACCUCCUUGUUUCCGAUGGCUUGGAGUCUUGCAAAAGAAAGAAACAUCUGCAGCUGUAAACAAGCUCAGGUAGGCUGGGAUAUUGGCUAUAGUUUUACAGCAAUGUAGGUAUCUUCUCAGGAGUUUAGCUCCAGGUUUGGAAGAGGAUCGCGUAUGAUUUAGUUGGAGCAAUUAUCGUCCUUCGGUGGAAGAUAGCGUGGCUUCUUUACAUUUUUCUGAAUCCUUCCUUCCUCCUGCUCCAUCGCUGCUUUCAUUCUUACUGAUUCGUGCAGGGUAGGAUUCUUCUGUCUACAAAUCCAAUUGAUACAAAAUACAUUAUUUGCUGUGCCUCUAACCCCCUGGAAAACAGGUCGGGGCAGAGCAUUUACGAUGCCCUGGUUUUUGUUGGGCUAUUAUCAAUUAAAGAAAGUGUCUACUUUGAGGGGUGGUCCCCGAAUGAAAUAUUUUAUUUGCAUUAAGACCUAGACUGUAACCAGAAUAAAGUUAGCUUUGCAGACUCUUCUUUUCUGAUUUUAGGGAUGGGGGAGGGAGGGAGGGGGUUUGUAUCGAUAAAUGUAGGUUCUGUAUCAGUUACAAUAUAUAAAGCAUGUUUUGCGAUUGCUUAAUCCGCGCUCAGUCACCGCAUGGACUCUUGACUUCAAAGUAUGAAAGCAGCAUUUGAGAAGGACUCUUUGUCGCAAAUGAUCGCACAUGACCCGGCUGGUUGGAUCCCGAUGGGAGUCGUGAAAUCGCUGCUGCGGAAGCGUGAAGGCGGCAGAAGAUGCGUUCCGAUGCCCGUCUCCUCUCCCUCUCCUCCUUUCUCUUCCGUGGCGAGAUAUUGACGAUGAUGAUGCAAGGAUUGUAGCCAGAAAUAUGAAAUCAUAGAGUAAUCGAUGAUCUCUCAAGAGGACCUCUUUGGAUAUCUCUUUUCAUGUUCAGACUGAUGUUCGCUGGUUCAAUAGAAGAUGAUUUCUUGGCGACCUUCUUUAAGAGGGGUUAAUAAAUGACAUAUAAUAGACUUCUUGGAGACUCGAUAUAGCUUUUCCUCUGAAAUUACACAAACAAAAAAAAAGGAUUAUCAUAUGAUAAAUAAACUUGGAUAUUGAAUAUUAUUUUGUUUCAAUGUUAGAGAGAACUAAUGACUCUUAUCAUUCUCCCCUAUCAAAUAUUCAUAAGAGCCCCUCACAAUUCUCUUUAUAUGUUUUCUACAGUAAUAGCAGCACAUCAAAUCAAAGUAAUAGGAAUGAAAUUUAGUCGGGCUAUUUCAUUCUUGAAAUUCCAUUGAUUGUGAGAUAGCUGAUGAUAUCUGGUGCUUUGUUUUGAUAAUUUUGCAGGAUAUGGUACUCAUGCAUGCAUUUUGUCCAUUGCUUUACAUUUAUUGUCAUGAUUGUUCAAUUAAUAAAAAAUAUUGUCAUUGCUCUUUCUGCAAAUUAUUUACGAUUCAUCCUUUCUAUUUCUCUGCCUACUUCUACACAAGUAAAGCAGAGUCUUCUUCCACAAUUAGGCCAAAUUUACCACCAAUCUUGUAUUGAUCGACUACCAAUUAAAUUGAGUUUUCUCCUUAAUUUAAUGACAUGUCAAGGCCCGACUCUCUUUGGUGUGAGUUAUUGACUCAAAUUGGCAACAGUCACCUGCCCGCUCUAUUCAAAUCGGCUAACCAGUAGUCAAAUUUGAGAAGAAGCCGAAAAAUAUGACCUCACCAUUGAGGAAAUUAAUUCAGAGAAGGCAGAGUGUUAAUGUAUCUCCGCUCUGUGUUCUGUAAUCAUGACGAUAGAAGCCGUCGGGGCGGGCGCAGCAGUUUGUUCUCCGACACGGGAAAUGAAAGGGGGAUAGACAAUGAACAAAAGACUGGUAUAAAAUUGAUUUUCAUGCUUGUUAGUCGUACUCCCACCCAUCUGCUCUUGUUGCAAGUCAAGAAAUUAGGAACAUGCCCAUGCUCUAUUGCUUGCACUCUUUCCAUCUUGGUAAUUCUGGCGUGGCUGAAUCGAUAGGCAGUAACGACGGCGGCAUCUGCAACCUGCAAGAGCUGCUUGGUUUUAGGGACGGGGACCGAGCUUGCGUCGAGUAGGACAUUGUGGAGAGUGGCUGACACUGGUAUUGAUUUUUCCUCUCUCUUUUUCUGAGAGCCUUCGAUUGGCCAUGUAUGGGCAGAAGGGUAGGGGUCUUGGUAUGCGAGUUAUAAAGCCACAGUGUAACCCUGUGACAGAUUGGGACGGAAUGGACAAACAAUAGAUGAAAUGCGAAAUGCUUAUCAGGCUUUGUCCAACUAUUGAUUACAUCGGUUUACAAGCACAGGACUCUUCAAUGUUCAACUUAUGUAAGAGGCGUAAACAACUUGCUUCUCAAUGCUAAAGCAGCCAUUCAAAUCCAAUCAUGUCCAGGGGGAGCAAAUUGUAAUGUUAUUUGUGUUUAUUCCCUGUGUAAUAAGCUUUACAGUCGCUUAUUAAAUUCAGGUAUUUGUCGUGUUUGCUUGUGGUAUUCAUGAAGUGGUUUUUAUCCAGUUGUCACAUUUUUUUUUUUUAUUCCACAAAAAACCUUGGUUCUGUUUUUUAUUAUAUCAAAGUCAUAUGAUGGGAACUCCCACCAUAUGGAAAUCACUGCGGCUUCAUAAUGACAAAGGGAUGUACAGUAUGUUAUAGCCCAUAUGCAAAACAAAGUAAUUUCCACGCAACAAGAUCAAGAAAAAAAAAAUCAGUUUAAAGAGGAUAUUGCCAUGAUAUUGUACCAUAACAAAAAGCUCCACCCGAAAGUUUGUUCUGGCAUUCAAAAGACACCCGCCCCCCC